GCGCCGCCCGGCGGCCGGGGCGGAGCCAGGCCGCGCCGGGUGCAAGAUGUCGGCGCAGGGGGACUGCGAGUUCCUGGUGAAGCGGGCCCGGGAGCUGGUGCCGGGGGACCUGUGGGCGGCCAAGGCCUGGCUCAUCACGGCGCGGAGCCUCUACCCUGCCGACUUCAACAUACAAUAUGAGAUGUACACUAUUGAGAGGAAUGCUGAGAGGACAGCGUCUGCAGGCAGGCUGCUCUACGACAUGUUUGUGAAUUUUCCAGACCAACCUGCUGUAUGGAGGGAGAUCAGUGUUAUUACAGCAGCAUUAAGGAAUGACUCCCAGGACAAGCAGACACAGUUUUUAAGAGGAUUAUUUGAGACCCUUCCUGGUCGGGUCCAGUGUGAAAUGCUCCUGAAGGCAACAGAACAGUGCUUCAACACAUUAGAAAGGGCAGAAAUGCUCCUUCUGCUUCUGCGGCGCUUCCCAGAGACCGUGGUGCAACACGGGGUAGGCCUUGGAGAAACAUUAUUAGAUGCUGAAAGUAUUGAAGAACAAGAAUCUCCAGUGAAUUGCUUUAGAAAAUUAUUUGUUUGUGAUGUUCUUCCCCUGAUAAUUAACAACCCUGAUGUACGACUUCCUGCCAGCUUGUUAUAUAAGUACCUGAAUAAAGCAGCAGAAUUUUAUAUUAAUUACAUAACUAGAUCAACACAGACAGAAAGUCAAUAUCAAGGUUCACAAGAUUCCUCUGAUAUUAUGUCUCCAAGCAAGCGCAGCUCUCAGAAAUAUGUAAUAGAUGGUCUCACAGAGAAAUCAUCCCAGAUUACAGAUCCUUGGGAGAGGCUGUUUAAAAUAUUGUCCAUAGUGGGAAUGAGGUGUGAGUGGCAAAUGGAUAAGGGAAGAAGGAGUUACGGUGACAUUCUGCAUCGAAUGAAAGAUCUCUGCAGAUACAUCAGUAACUUUGAUAGUGAAGCCCACAUUAAAUACAAGAAUCAAGUAGUGUAUUCCACGAUGUUGGUCUUCUUUAAAAAUGCUUUUCAGUAUGUCAGCAACAUCCAGCCAUCACUGUUUCAAGGUCCAAAUGCUCCAAACCAAACUCCACUGGUUCUUCUCGAGGAUGUUCCCAACAUCUAUGGUGAUACAGAUAUUGAUCGUAACAAACACAUACACAAAAAAAGGAAACUUGCUGAAGGAAGAGAAAAAACAAUGAGCUCAGAUGAUGAGGAUCCUUCUGGGAAGGCAAGAAGUCGCCAUAUUACAGUAAAUAAGGCUGAUCUUGCAAACUCCAUUGAAGUAUUAGAGAGUUUCAAACUGGCACGAGAGAGCUGGGAGCUGCUUUAUUCUCUGGAAUCACUUGACAAAGAGUUCACCAGAAUUUGUUUGUCAUGGAAGACAGAAACCUGGCUUUGGUUAAGAAUCUUUCUUACAGACAUGAUCAUCUACCAGGGGCAGUACAAAAAAGCAAUUAGCAGCCUACACCACUUGGCAGCUCUUCAGGGCUCUCAUUCUCCUCAGCAAAUUACAGGACAAGGAUCUUUAGAGAAUCAGAGAGCACUAAUCCAGUUAGCAUCGUGCCACUUUGCCCUUGGAGAAUAUCGGCAAACAUGCGAAAAAGUGCUUGACCUAAUGUGCUGUAUUUUACUUCCAAUACAAGAAGGAGGUAAAGUACAAGAGGAGCAACCUAAAGUCAAGUCAAAAUUCAGGAAAGGGUCUGAUUUGAAGCUGUGGCCAUGUACCAGUAGAGCCAUCAUGCCUUACUGCCUUCAUCUGUUGUUAGCUUGUUUCAAGCUCAGAGCUUUCACAGACAGCAGAGAUGAUAUGGCCCUGGGCCAUGUAGUUGUUCUGCUUCAGCAUGAGUGGCCGAGGGGUGAGAACUUGUUCCUGAAAGCCAUCAACAAAAUCUGCCAGCAAGGAAACUUCCAGUAUGAGAAUUUUUUCAACUAUGUCACAAAUAUUGAUAUGUUGGAGGAAUUUGCUUAUUUAAGAACACAGGAAGGAGGGAAAAUUCAUCUGGAACUGCUGCCAAAUCAAGCAAUGUUGAUCAAGACCUCUAGCCCUCCCAUGGGGUUACUGCAGCAGGAAUUCAUACCUGUGCUACAGCCCAGCAUACAGACUGCUGACAGGCACCACACAGUUACCCGGGGUAUAACCAAAGGAGUGAAGGAAGAUUUCCGCCUGGCCAUGGAGCGCCAGGUCUCGCGCUGCGGGGAAAAUCUCAUGGUGGUCUUGCAUAGGUUCUGCAUUAAUGAGAAAAUACUGCUGCUGCAGACUCUUGCUUGAAUGGACUGGAUCCUGAUGCAGUGUCUUUUAUGGAGAGAGGGGAAGGCUCUUUGUAUGAACAAAGCAGCAUAGCAGUGGAAAAUGUCUUGUUCAGAGGGCCAAGAAGUUCCCUGUAAGUUACAGGUUCUGCACUGCUUGAUUUCUUAUGUGAGUAGAUCAAACUUUAUAAAUAAAACAUUGUUUAAGAAGUCUUUGUAAUAU